GUCAUGCCCACGCCAACCCACUCACGCUUAUUAAUAUAUUCAUAAUUGUAAAUAUUAUAACAUAGGUAUGCAAUGUUUCAAGUUAAAUGAACACAGAGAUCUUUUCUGUAGUAAAUUAUUUGUGAAACUACAGUUUUUAGGUGCAAUAAUAAUUUGAUCUAGUUUUUUAUUUACACAUUUUUCAUGGAACAAUAUGAAACAUUACAGACACCAAUUGGUGCCCAACCAUUGAGUGUUGCACUGGAAGAAGUUGAAAGGUAAACUACUUUAUACAUACACAAUAUAUUUACACAGGUAAUAAAAAUCAAUUUGAAUAAAUAUACUAACAUUUGAAUUUAAUUGUGUGAUGUAGUCAGUUGUUAACCAAUGCAAAGGUGUCAAUGUCAAAUGUAAAUUAUUGUCAGAAGAAUCAAAAAUUAAAUGUAACAUCGGGAACAAUGAAACAUGGUCGUAGGAUGAAAUUGAAUUGUAGGCAUGGGUACAAUAUUUUAAUUUUUUCCAAUGGAACUGUAUCCACUUCUGAUGAUGACAUUGAUAAUCAUUGUAUAUUGGAGAUUACAUCUAUUUCUCCUGGACUUGUACGUAUUAAAGGCGUUGAAGCUGAUUUGUUUUUAGCUAUGGAUAACAAAGGACUGCUUUAUGGAGAGGUAAACACUAGAUGAUUAUAUAUAUUUUUAACUAAUGAAUCAAAUUAUUUUUAGCCUGAUCCUACCAAUAUGUCAACAAUCUUCAUCGAACAACCAGAAGGCCCUUAUAGUGCAUAUUUAUCUUUGAAAUAUCGACGAAAAAAGUGGUACAUAGCUAUAAAAAAAAAUGGUAUAAUCAAAAGGGGCCCAGAAACUAAAAGAAGACAGCAUGCUACGCAUUUUUUAUCAAUUUUCGUAUAAUAUACAUUAUAAUUUUGA